AUGUUUAUCGCCAUAAUUUUACUUACGAUUCUUAUUUGUUUGAUUACAAUUUAUUUAUACAAAAUAAAAUCUUCCUAUGAUUAUUUUGUACGUCGAAAUAUUCCUGGUCCAUCACCUCAAUUCUUUUUUGGUCAUUAUUUAACAUUAUGGAAUGUACCAUUUUAUUCACGUCAAAUUCAAAAAUGGACUCAACAGUAUGGUAAUAUUUAUGGUAUAUUUGAAGGAAUACGUCCAGUAUAUGUUGUAUCUGAUGUUGAUUUUUUGCAAGAAGUUUUUGUUAAACAAUUUUCAUCAUUUCAUUCACGUCGACGACCGUUUAUCACACGUAAUUUCAAAGGUAAUCGAGGACAUUUAUUCUCUGCUCAAGCUGAUCAAUGGCGACGUCAACGGCAUGUUAUCAAUCCAACAUUUUCAGCAGCAAAAUUAAAAACGAUGACACCAUUAAUAAAUCAAUGCAUUGAAUCAUUCAUGAGUAAAGUAAAUGAUAUGAAUGGUGCAGAAUUUAAUAUCUAUACCUUGUACAAACGCAUGACUAUGGAUGUUAUAUGUCGUUGUGCAUUUGGUAUUGAUACAGAUAUGCAAAAUGAUAUAGACAAUAUUUAUAUGAAAAAAUCGAUUGCUUGCUUUGAAAUUGAUAUUGAAAAAUUAUUCAUUGUGAAAUUAUCGAAUGUAAUGCCAUUUCUUAUUCCAUUAUUAAGCCAAAUUUUUAGAUUUAGUCUUCUUAUGACUAGAAUAAAGCAAAAAUGGUUAUCGAAUAACGCAUCUAAAGAUGAUGAUAAGCCUGCAAUAUGGCUCAUCGGACGAUUAGAAGAAGUUCUAAAGAAAAGAUUGACAUCUGAAACUAAACGUACAGAUUUACUCCAAUUAAUGUUAGAUGCAGCAACAGAAGAUGAAAUUAAGGAUGAUACAUCAGAAGCAUUAUCAUCGAAAAAAUUACACUAUAAUGAAGUUGUUCUUAAUACUUUCUUAUUUAUGCUUGCUGGCUUUGAAACAACUUCGAAUACUUUAGCAUUUGCAACGUCUGCUUUGGCAACAACACCUCAUGUUCAGAACAAGCUACAAAUGGAAAUCGAUGAAAUAUGGAAUGAUGAUAUUGAUAAUCUUGAUUAUGAUAUUAUAGCUAACAUGACAUAUUUGGAUAUGUUUGUAAAAGAAGUUCUUCGAAUGUAUGGUAUAUCAACUCAGGCAAUUACUCGAGAAAGUAAUGCAUCAGUGAACAUUUGUGGUCAUCAGAUUGAAAAAGGUUGUGUGAUUUUACCAGAUGUUUAUUCAGUUCAUUAUGAUACUGAUAUUUGGGGUCCACAAGAUCCAAAAUUAUUUGAUCCUGAACGACACUCUGUAAAACGUCAUCCUCUUGCCUAUCUGGCCUUUGGUAUGGGACCUCGCAAUUGUGUAGGAAUGCGGUUUGCUCUGAUGGAAUUAAAAAUGUGUUUAGUACGUCUAUUACGUUCAUACACAGUUCAUCCUGGUGAGAAAUUUCAAGAAGGCAUGACUCUAACGGAAAAAUUUGUUAUUACGCCAGAAGCUAUCAAUAUUCGUUUGGAAAAUAGACAUCUAUAG